UUUCUGAUGAGUAAUCUCGAUUACCAAAAGUGGUCAAUAAUUCUUGAAGAAAGCUUUUUACAACUUAAGUGGGGAACUGAAGCAAAAAGAAACACGUAUCUUAGAAAUUUGAAACCAAGUUAUAUUGAAAGCGUUGUACGUUCGUACCAAGACGGAGAUACUUCCACUCAACGUUGCCGUUGCAGAGGGGAUACAACCGACCGGGCCAUUUUUCAACAGAAAAUACCUGGAAGCAAAUUGGUUAUUCGCGUUGUUGUGGUCGUAAAAACAACUCCGUGGACCGUUAUUACUUUGUAUUCCGCAUCGGCGCGUCGCUACUGGGAUAAAAAUGAAAAUCAAGAACCUGAGACUUCAACAAACGCUGGCGCUCCUUUAUUAGUCACGCUUAUGACAGAUUUGGAGAUUUACAUCCUUUUACAAUUUAAAAGAUUUAUUACAUCUGCUGUAUACUAUGACGAUUCGGACGCUCUUUAUGUAGCUUUUACAGAGGAGAAACCCGAGGACAUCGCCGAGCACGCAACAUGGUAUCUUCUC